AGUUUUUGGCAGUUCGUAGCGCCGCGCCGCGCCGGGAAGGACCGAGGCCGGCUUUUGAGUGGGGGGGUGGGCGGCGGGCAUGGCCGGGGUCUCGGCGGAGAAGAGCACGCUGCUUCAUCUGUUCGCCGGGGGAUGCGGAGGGACGGUGGGUGCCAUCUUCACCUGCCCUCUGGAAGUGAUCAAGACAAGGCUGCAGUCCUCAAGGUUGGCCUUCCGGGCGGUCUAUUAUCCGCAGGUCCAUCUGGGCACGCUCAGCGCCGAAGGCGUGGUCCGUCCCACCUCUCUGCCCCCAGGUGUCCUCCAGGUGCUGAAGUCCAUUUUGGAAAAGGAGGGGCCGAAGUCACUCUUCCGUGGGUUGGGCCCCAAUCUGGUUGGAGUCGCGCCAUCCAGGGCGGUUUAUUUUGCGUGUUAUUCCCGAGCGAAGGAGCAAUUCAACCGCGUCUUCGUACCCAACAGCAAUAUGGUCCAUAUUGCUUCAGCGGCUUCCGCAGCUUUUGUGACUAAUUCCCUGAUGAAUCCCAUCUGGAUGGUGAAAACCAGAAUGCAGCUGGAAAGAAGAGUCCGUGGCUCAAAGCAAAUGAACACCCUCCAAUGUGCCCAGUAUGUUUACCGCUCGGAAGGGGUCCGGGGUUUUUACCGAGGCCUCACCGCCUCCUACGCGGGCAUCUCCGAGACCAUCAUCUGCUUCGCUAUUUAUGAGAGACUGAAGCAACUCUUAAAAGAUCCCAGCCGGUCUCCUUUCACGGGAAACCCGGAGAAGAGUUCCUCCCAUUUCCUCGGGAUCACGGUUGCUGCCGCCGUUUCCAAAGGAUGCGCGUCCUGCAUCGCUUACCCACACGAGGUCAUCCGGACAAGGCUACGCGAGGAAGGAACCAAGUACCAAUCCUUCCUCCAGACGGCCCGGCUGGUAUUCCAGGAGGAAGGAUAUUUUGCUUUUUACCGCGGACUUUUUGCCCAGCUGAUGAGGCAAAUCCCGAACACGGCUAUCGUCCUGUCCACCUACGAAUUGAUCGUGUAUCUGUUAGAAGAGCAAGUGAAGUAGCAGCCGGCAUCGAUUCCGAAGCC